AUUUUCACAAGUUAAAGCACUUUCAAUGCUUUAUUUUGUUGACGUGUACUUGUGAAUAGAUAAAAAAAUAUUGUUCAAUAAACUAAAGUUCACUGCAUGUUCUUCCGUGAUUUGACUAUUUCUCCUGAUGAAAUGAAAGAUUUCAUUCGUGAUAAAUCGUUCAUAAAUAUCUAUAUUCUGAAUUCGAGAUACUUUUAAAAUUAUUUUGAAGUUUCGAACGAAUGAGAGAAAUCGUCUGCUAUUUGUGCCUGACUCUGCUUUCGCAGAACAAAAGUGUUUUCUUAUUUUAAUUGAAUGGUACGUGAGAAGAAAAUAAAAGUUUUCGAAGUGAUGUACAUUUUUUAAGGAAUACAAUUCCUUUAUUAAGAAAAAUAAAUAGUUUUUAAAUUUUUUCUACCUGAUUAAUAAACGCCGAAAAGUCCGGAACAGUUCCUGCGCCUAGCGCAUUCAAUGCGGCAAAAUGCAGUAAAACUAAAUCGUUUCAAUGUCAAAAUUAACUUUCUGUUUUUGAUAGUUUGUGCCGUCUGUUCCGUGAAAAGAAUCAAGAAAAAUGAUGGACGGUGUGAGGCAAAGGCAACAUUUAUCCAGACGAUCACUGGAGGAAAAUUUUUAUAGCUCAAAGCAUAUCCCAAAGAAACUGUACCCACUACCAAAUGGAACGCAACACUUGCUUUUCGUGUUGACGUUCUUCCUCUCCAUUUCUCUGAUCGUGAUAGUCUUGGAGAAAAUUUUACCAGAGCCGCAGCUCGUUGAAUCGGAAGGCCUAUUUCCAGAUCGAUUCAUUGCGGAAAGAUCUCGCACUCAUGUCGUUAAUUUAACAUCAGUUGGACCUCACGUGGCUGGAAGCUACGAAAAUGAAGUUCUUGCCGUUAGAUAUUUGACGACAGCGAUCAACGGGAUCAUUCGAGAUGCCAGCGAAAAUCAUAAAAUAGUCUUGGACAUUACAAAACACAGCGGAGCCUUUCCAUUAAAAUUUUUAGACGGCUUCACAAAUGUUUAUCAAAAUGUUCAAAAUGUGAUCGUUAAGCUGGGACCUCAGAGGCCUUCGAAACAUAGCUUACUUCUUAACUGUCACUUUGAUACUUUUAUACAAAGUCCUGGUGGCUCUGACGAUGCUGCUGGAUGUGCUGUUAUGCUCGAAGUUUUAAGAGUCAUGUCUCAAAGUCCGCAACUUCUUAAGAAUAAUAUAAUUUUUUUAUUCAAUGGCGCUGAGGAAAAUAUACUUGAGGCAUCACAUGGAUUUAUUACUCAGCAUCCAUGGGCGAAAGAAGUGAGAGCCUUUAUUAAUUUAGAAGCCUGUGGCGCUGGAGGCAGGGAACUUCUGUUUCAAGCUGGACCAGGAAAUCCUUGGAUUCUUGAGGUAUACUCUCAGACUGUACCUUAUCCUUACGCAUCCUCUCUGGCUCAGGAAAUAUUUCAAAGUGGAAUAGUCCCUGGGGAUACGGACUUCAGAAUUUUCAGAGACUUUGGAAAAGUAUCAGGUCUCGAUUUCGCUUGGUCGACGAAUGGUUAUGUCUACCACACGCGUUUUGACACUGUCAACCAAAUACCAUUGGGUUCUCUUCAGAGAACUGGAGAUAAUAUUCUCGCUUUGUCUCGUGGAAUAGCUUCGAGUCCCUAUUUACCUGCCUCUGAUUCUCAAAGAUCGGACGGAAGUCUCGUUUUCUUCGAUUUUCUGGGCGCAUUUGUUAUUCGAUGGCCACUAUAUGUGGCGACUAUUGUAAAUGUUCUUGGUAUUUUAAUAGGGAUUUAUUCCAUUUUUCUAAACAUGGAAUACGCAAGAAAAGAGGUAAAAAGCUCAAUGUACGUAAGGCAACUAAUGAUGUGCGUCGCAACUGUGAUAUGUUCUUGGCUUAUUUUGAUGAUCUCAGCUUCGAUGAUAGCCUUGGUAUUAACAAAACUAGGAAAAGUCAUGAGCUGGUAUGCGAGACCAGCUUGGUUAUUUUUCCUUUACGUUUGCCCCACCGCCACUAUUUCGAUGUGUUUUCUACUUUAUAUGGGGAAAAGACAACGACGGGAUAUUGCUUCUCCUUGGGUUUUGUAUCAACUAUACUGUGAUGCUUACAGUAUAAUUUGGAUGUCAGUCCUAUUUUUAUGCAUAAUACUGGAAAUUCGUUCAGGUUUUAUACCCUUGCAUUGGGUAAUAUUUCCAGCGAUUGGAAAUGUAAUACGAUACAAUUUUCUUGAUAAGUGGAGAGGUUGGAAAUGGCUGUGCUUUGAAAUGGGAAUAUUAUGUGUACCGUAUGUACAGACGUUUUAUUUAACUCUCGGUGCACUUUAUUUAUUUGUACCAAUAAUGGGACGAGCUGGUGCUGGAAUCAACUCUGAAGUCGUGAUUGCUAACAUGGUUUCUCUGGCCUUCUGCCUAUUAUUGAGCUACGUGAUUCCAAUAGUUCUUUUGAUAAGAAAUGCAGAAAGAGUUCUUAGCGUUCUAAUUGGAAUAUUUUUACUAUCGAUUGGAAUAUUAAUUUUGACACCUCUUGGAUUCCCGUAUAGUGGAGAUCCAAUGUCACCAGCGGCUCAGCGAUUUAUGAUUAUGCACACCCAAAGGCAAUAUUACAAUGCAAAUGGAACUCUGCGAUAUUCAGGGACUGGCUAUUGGAUAGUCGACCUGGACAUGAAUAGUCCUCAUAGUGUAGAAGCUUUCGUACCUGAAAUAGGUGCUGCGUCGCCAACUAUUAAAGACUGCAAGGAAGAAUUAUAUUGCGGAUUACCUUACCUUUUACCAGUCACAACAUUCUUGUGGAAAACUAGUUGGAUUCCAGGACCGGCGCCUUUGAUAAAUAUGCCGACUAAACUUGACUUGCUAGAGAAAACUACAAAAGGAAAUGCACUUAUUUACACAUUUAAUGUCACGGGGCCUGAUCAUAUAAGUAUGACUUUCUCUCCAUAUAAAGGAAUUAAGCUGCGAAGUUGGUCAGUCUUGAAAGAAAAACCAUUACUAGGGCCUAAAUGGAACGAGAGAGACACUUAUUUCAUUUAUUUCGCAUGUGCCUCAAAUUGUGUUCCCUUCACAUUUUCUAUGGAAUUUAUCGUGCCACCUGGCCAUAAAGGACCGUGUAUGACAAUUUCCCUCUCUGGUCACUUUAUGCAUGGAGAACACCAAGCUUCUGCAAGAUUCAAACAAUUCUUAUCGCAGUUUCCUUCUUGGACUGUAGUCACACCAUGGACUGCCUCUUUAACCUUAUGGGAAUACUAAAGGGUCUGGCUCGUUUUGAAAUGGUUUGAGUGGUUAAUAAACCGAAUCGAAACAGAUAAGUUCAAUUUGAGGUUUGUACUUAGCGAACGAAACUUUUUGAAAAUUCGAGCGUUUACGGCAACGUAACAUAUCAGUUGACUCGAAAGCUUAGCCUUAGAACCUCAAACCGACAAUUUUUUAAUGCAUAAGUGAUAGAAAAGAACACCAGUUAUUAACUAGACCAAUUUUCAUAAUGUGAAGCUAGAUAUUAAGAAGGAAUAUAAAUAUGUAGGCAAAAGAAAUCACAGUCAAGGCCAUAGAAUAAACAAUAGGUGCCAUAAUCGAAUAUGCAGGUACAAAGUAACGGUUUUCGAUCUUUAUAGGAGCCUAAAUUUUGAUAGGCUUUAGAAAAAUAGAAGCUGCUUAGACGAGAUAAUAAGACAUGCAGUAAAUUGCCAAAAUACAAAAAUGUCCCGAUAUAACAUGUAGAUUUAACGAAUAUCGCUUGUGUAGUUGACGAGAAAUUUUCAGAUUUUUGUAAAAUUUAGACACUUUAAUUGGUACUUUAAACAAAUUUUAUUUCUAUUUUAAUUAUUGAAAAAAAAUAAUUUUAGUAGAAUUUGGUAUCGUUCAUGGCACUAGCUUCAGGGUGGCCGGAACUUGAGAAAUUUUUAGAAAAAAAAUCUGUCCAACUUUGAUUUCAACUGCGUUGUAAAUAAUUAGCUAAAGACUUAUAUAAUUAAAAAUUAAAAACGUUUGAAAU